UCCUCACACAGUUUCAACACCCCCGUCUCGCAGUUUGUUGAGAUUUGCAUUUCGUCUCUCCCGAUCUUAUCAUAUCGUCUUAUCAACUAUAUUAUUUAGUCUUAUCACAAACAUAAAUCUUAUCUUAUCGACCCAAAAAAAGCCAUGGCUAUCGGACUCGUGGAGGAAGUCGUACCACCAUCAACACCACUGGAUGACCUCGAGUUGCUAGACGGCGAACUCGAUGACCCAGACUGGUCAGACGUAUCAUCACUCGAUGACCCACAAGAGUUAUCAACAGAUUCACCACCAGCCACACCCUGCUGCUCGGGAUGCUCCCACCAUCACCACGACCACCCCCGUGAUUAUCAGCCCUUCAAGGUUGAACUAUUACGUUCCAUUUCCUACUCUGCAGCUGUCUUUGUAAUUCUCCUAAUUUCAAAAUGGACUGGAAUUCCUGGGGUCAAUAUCAGCCUGCCGGUCAUCGUGGGAGCAAAUCUUGGCCACUUUUAUGUGCACGAUCUCAGGAUGAAACUGGGACGGCGACAUGUUCUCAAUCGAGUACGGGAAAUGAUCGUUCCUCUAACGGCCCAGGCAGAUCUUGAAAUUUUUGUAAACAUAGCUUCCAGUGGAAUUCUCUACAUCGGAGUGGGUUUCCUUGUCCGCUGCACCCUCAAGUUCUUCUUCCAGGGGCCCGUAUCCGCCCAGGAUUUGAGCACAACGUUCAUGAUGAACAAUUUACUGUUCGGAUCGCCAAAGCAGGAGGAGGAACCAGCCAUCCUAACGUUCACCUUGAUUAUCGCUACCUACGCUUAUGCCCGCAUGAUUGUCAACGCUAUCUCCACGAUGUCCGCAAUCCUGGCCGUGCUUCUAGUCAAGGAUCAGCUCUCCGGAAAAAUUCGGAACGUUAUCGGUUGUAAAUAAAUAAUUCGUCCUCAUCAUUAAAUACAGACACAAUUUAUUCUCCACUAUUUAAUAAUUGUCAUUCAUAUAUGUGCAAUUUUGUAUUUAUGUAAAUUAAAAGUAAAUUGCUUUCGAUAUUUGUGUGAGCUUCUGCCGGUACAAAAACAAAUGUAAUAAAAUGUAAUGUAAUAAAGUUUGAUAAAAUAGCAUAGUUUAAACAUUGGAACUACUUUUCUU